GCGCUGCUUCCAGUGGGUUGGUUUUCAUUUGAGAUCAUUGAGAAGUUAAUAUUUAGGGUUUACGUUGAGAAUGAAAACCGUCCAACACGUCCAGAGUUCAAAGUCCUUCUUUUGGGUUACUAACCAAACUUUUCAAGUGAAGGCAGACAGCCUGUUGCUCCGGUGUUUUUUUAAAAAAAAGAGCUGUUACUUUAUCAAAAGUUCACAGCCCUUCACCCAUAUAACACAUCGACGGGACGUCCCUUCCGUGUAACUGCCUACGUAGGAGAGGGCUCUGAGUUUCCUCUCCGCGGACUCGGCGACAUAUGACCGGAGUUUUGCAGGGUAGGCGUUUUCUUGCUUAGAAAGUCUUGUUGUCUGAGUGCAGCCAGCGUACCGACACGACGCGCCUGUCUGCUUUAGAGGAAACUAUUUCAUUAUGAACGAUCUGUUUGAUACUGCGGACCCCUGUGCGUGCCCGAGUAGUGCUGAGCUCAGUAAGGCUGUGUCAGUGUCAUUGGGUUUGGAUACCGUCUCUCCACCUCUCAACAACACGAAUCAGUGCUCCAGCAGCGCCUUCGCAGACUUCGAGCCCGCAGAGAAAAAUAGUUCCCGAGGAGUCCAGGAGUUAGGGGCGGCUCCGAGCAUGAACCUAGAAGGCAGCAGGCUGCUGCUGCUGGAUGAGACAAACCUGAGAGAGGACGAGGAUUGCAUCCAGCAGGUGAGCUGCAUGGAGCUGCUCGGGUCAGGUGAAAUGGACAGCGCGCACACCAUGACGCAUGGCUCGAUGAUCUCCAGAUAUGUUUGCAAGGAAUCAAACUUGUUUAUAAACCAGCUGAAUGAGAUGCCCGCGCCAUCUCAGGUGGAGGAGGCUCUCUUACCUUUGAAAUCCUACUCUUCAUACGCCACCAAUCCAGACCACUACAGAGAGACAAUGUGGUGCGAGUAUAGCGGACGACCCGAGCCAGAGAGAGGCGAAUCUGAUGGACAUAAUUCGCUGUGCAAAUACUGUAAUGGUGAACAGGUCUCUUUUGGAUCCCGGCAUGAAUGCCACUGCGUCUGGUACAACAAGGCUGAGCAGCAGAGUGGUAAAGGUGGCACCCGAGCAGCAGCGGCACACGGGUUCGGUCAAGUGGAAAGUUACCAAAGGGCGAUCCCUCAAGGGCAUGCCAACUUUUCCAGCAUUAAAACAGAGCCGUCAGUCUGGAUCAAUUGCACAGAUCGCACGUUCAGGCAUGAGGAUUUGUUUCCAGGUGUGUACCUGUCCGACAGAAGAGUGUGUCAGGUGUGCGGGGAUGAUGCCUCAGGUUGUCACUAUGGAGCAGUCACCUGUGGCAGCUGCAAAGUGUUCUUCAAGAGGGCUGCUGCAGGUAAGCAGAACCACCUGUGUGCCAGCCGGAACGACUGCACCAUUGACAAACUGCGUCGGAAGAACUGCGCCUCGUGCCGCUUGAAGAGAUGCUUCAUGUCGGGGAUGAGCCUCAAAGGUCGCAGGCUAAAGGGAGCCGGACAGAGCAGAAAUGGAGAGGAGGAACAGGCUCAGACUUCUUGGGGGCCUGGAGAACGAGAACGGGGCGGAAGACAAGACGUCAUGUUGGAGCCUGGGAGUGUAGCUGCCAGGGCUCAAUCAUCCCAGGCUUUCACUCUAGGCAUCCCUCCUACUUUGCGCUCCUGCCUCUCCCUGCUCAGUGUCUUGCAGGCCAUAGAGCCGGCUGUGGUGAAUGCAGGACAUGACCAUGCCCUGCCAGACAGCGCUGCGUCCUUGCUCACCAGCCUCAACGAGCUGGGGGAAAGACAGCUGGUUACCGUGGUGCGCUGGGCCAAGGAAAUACCAGGAUUCCGCGACCUUCACAUGGAUGACCAGAUGUCCCUGAUUCAGUUGUCAUGGAUGGGGGUGAUGGUGUUCGCUCUCGGCUGGAGGUCCUACACACUGACCAACAGCUCCAUGCUGUACUUCGCUCCAGACCUGGUCUUCAAUGACCAGCGGAUGCAGGUGUCCAGUAUGUAUGAACACUGUGUGCGGAUGAAGCUGCUCUCCCAGAGGUUCUGCAUGCUGAAGGUCACCCAGGAAGAGUUCCUCUGCAUGAAGGCCCUGGUCCUCUUCAGCAUCAUGCCAAUGGAGGGCCUGAAGAGCCAGCGUUGUUUUGAUGAACUGCGGACCUCCUACAUCAAGGAGCUGGACCGCUUGGCCAGUCACCGAGGAGAGACCACCCGUACACAGAGACUGUUUCAGCUCACACAGCUGCUGGAUUACCUCCAGUCGAUUGUGAGGAAGUUACACCAGUUCACCUAUGAUCUGUUCAUCCAAGCCCAGUCCCUGCAGACACGCGUCAACUUCCCCGAGAUGAUCUCAGAGAUUGUGAGCGUUCACGUGCCCAAGAUCCUCUCGGGCAUGGUCAGGCCCAUCCUUUUCCACAAUACGGCCUAGAGAGGAGUUUGGGUGAUUGUCCUUUUAUUGUCACUUGAGCUCUGUUGCCCAAUCCUUUGGCCAUUUCCUGUUAAGCUAAAAUGGCUGGAAAGGCUUUAUGCUUUUUACGAGCUGAAUUUAUUCAACUCGUUCUGACCUACAGGGUAAUGUCGGGCUCUUGGAGGGGAAAUUCUACACAGGGCAUACAGCUCAUUCUUCCAGUCCGUUGUAUUCUUAUUGCAUCUUAUCUGUUCUUCGUAAUACCUGUAAUCUGUAUCACACACAUCAAUGCUUCUGAUUAAAAACACUUAAGCGCAUGCAUUCCUCCACAUGAGCCAUUGACUGUCAACCAGUUGACAUGUAGACCUCUUCAUUUCACAGGGAGAACUUAGUGAGGGAAACAGGUUUUUCAGAGAUCACACGAUCACAUCAUAGCUCAUCUGCAUGUGUUGAUUGACAGUUAAUAUACCGUUAUGGAAUGCAUGCUAAGACAUUGUCUCGCCUGCAGGCGACUUAAACUGAUUUUUGAACGCUGUUAUCGUCCAAUUAAAAAUAACACUUGGCUUAUAGUUUGAACCGUCAACAAAAAAAAAAUACACUUUUAAAAAUGCGAGUGGCUUCAGAUGCAAAAUGAGAUUGUAUAUUUAUUAAUAGUGUGAUGACAAGAGGGCACAGACACUGUAGAAAAUAUUUGGACAAAAGAAGAGAAAAAAACAACAUGGGGAUGAUUUUUUUUUUUUACUUUGCUUGUUUCUGAGUGUUAAAUCUUCUUCAAGAGUAAUUUUCCUGAGCUGACAUUUCAUACCGUGUAACUUUUCUACUGUUUCUUAAAGUCUUCUUUGAAAGUGUGCUGUUGUGUAUCAUCACGUGUUAUAUUGUGGCUUUCUGACAACUUUGCUUGAUGCUGAAGGCCCGGCCAACUUUUUGCCAAUUUGUGUCAAUGUUGUCAGCAUUAACGUGUAAUUAAAGUGACGCAUGAGUGUGUA